AAUGCAGAGUUUGUUUGCCAGGGAACAAGUCUGACUUGUCUGAGGCAAUUAAGCCCAUAAAGAGAAAGACACAGGAAGAACCACAGCUUUCCUGGACGAUCCGUCACUAGACAGAAGAAUGAAAUCAAUGUGUACAGUAUGCUGCAUUACUAGCAAUAAUUUUUAAAACACUUGUUUUGUUCUUUUAAUUGUAGUAACAUUGGAAUGCAGGCUCAUUAAAGGAUUUGGCACAUUUUCAUAAACUUCUGACUUUUUUCUAAAAGUUAUUUUAUUUUGCUUUGAUGAGCAUGGCCUCCUCCUUCUGCUGUUGUUGCUGCUUUCCCUGUGCAUCAUCAGAGUCUUCAAGUGAGAGGGAGGCCCUGAAUACACAGCACUCAAGACAAUGUUAUGAGGACACCAGAAAAGAUCUCACCAGCAAAGGGGAGGCCCUCUCAUUUAAACGGGUCAACAUGCCUGAGGUUGAUACAAUAUUUGCUGACAUUGCCAAGACUUUCAACAAGAGUCAGGCAGAUUAUUGGGCUAUCCAGGAAGCUAUCCUGGGCCUGAAAGAGAAUUAUUCCUGUUCACCGGCAUGUAGUCUCUCUGUAUGUGUAGAGAAGAUACAGCAGGAAAACGGUGAUUGUGGUGUACAGGUGCACAUGGAGGGGUACAGGUUUUGGCUGACUGCAAAGAAGAAAGAGGUGCCUAAGAAACUGAAACUGGCUCUGCAGCAGGUGGGGGAGCUGAACCGUGCCACCAUAGGAGUCAUGAGUACAAAAACACAACUCCAGGAAAUGAUCUGCUCAGUGCUCCAAAGCCAGGAUAAGAUGGCAGAGAGAGCAAGAGAUGCAAACUUCGAGUACCUUGACUGGAUCCGGCUACAAGGAAACCUGAGAGAAAAUAUUGAGAAAAUAAAUCUGGUCAAAAAGCACUCAAAGAAGUAUGUGGAAGAAGCCAAUAAUGUGCUGAGUGAAAUGUCCAAAUCAGCAAACUUGACCAUGUAAAAAUAGUUGAAAAUGAACUUGUCCUUUCACAGACAACAAUGAAUUAAGGGGCCUGUGCUGGAAAAUAUCUUUAACUAAUUUUGAUAUACUGGUUGCAUAAAAAUUAAAACUGACAUAAAAGGUUUUUGGGGGGGGCAGACAACAAGUUAAUAUAAGCACAUCAGCAAAUUGGUCAAAAGAAAAGAAAAUCCUGAAGUGCUUUCACAUCUUGAUUACUCAGUAAACCAGAACCAUCUAAACUUGAUAGCUUUUAGUGUUUAUUAAGUAGCAAGAAUUAUCAUCCAUUCUAGACAGGUGACAAUGACCAUUUUGGAUCACAUCUGUCUUCAACAAUUAAUAUACCUACUUGGAAGGCAGCUUUCAAAUCUGUUUUCUAAUUGGCUGAUCUGAAUUUACAAGAGACAACCAGUCUAAUCCAUCCUAUUUUAUUGGGCCGAUGUGAAAAUUCCACCUUUUAGUUAUUUUAGGAGAAGAUGCUUUUCCCAGGUGCAAGGGCUGUCAUUACUCAUUCAAGGACUACUGAUGAACAGACUUCCCCUCUAACAUUUCUUCAUUGUUCCAGAAAUCUGCUGUGUGCUGUGCUUCACUCCUCAUUUCCAUUUUAACUAGGAGAAUGUCUAGGAUUCAUUGCAGAAUUGCACUACUGCGCUUCAUUAUAGCUUCCAAUUUGCAUCACUUCCCCUUCUGCAAAUGUUCACAUUGAUAAAGUAUUGCAACAAAAAGCAAUCCUGAUGUGCUGAUAUGUGUCACCACAGCACAGGGGUUUUUUUGUGUAUGUGUUUCAGUGGUGCAGAUUCAUCAAGGGAGGGAAUUGCUUUUGCUUUUUCCUGGGUUUUUUAAAGUUGUUAGUUAUGCCCUCACUUUGGCUGCAUUCUUUCAUGUGAGGGAUUACAAUGUUCUUUAUUGUAAACUGAAAAUCUGUUAAUAAACUUUUUUUAAAAAAAA